AAAUCUCCAAAUCUCUCUUUUUCCUGUCACAGCAAAUACACGCCAUAUUACUGAAUCUAUUGAUGUGUUUAUCAGUCUAUUGAUUGAUCUAUUGAUUAUUAAUGAAUCUCUGGUUGGAGAUUAUCAUAAAGUAUCAGAACAGAAACACAUUAUUAUGAAAAUUAACUGUUGCUAUUUGUGUUCUGCCUUCUCAAAUGAUUAAUCUCAUAGAUGUAGAUAAGAUCGCAAUGCACAAAACUAGUAUUUCAUGUCCCUUGUUUGAGUGGCCUCUUUCUUUGUGGAGGUGGCAGUAGGGGCAGAAGGUGCUCUCUCAGGGCUGGGUAAAGUCAGAUAGUGCAGAGCUGUCUGGCGUCAUGCCCAGGCACAGCAUGUGGUCUUCAGAUGGCAGUGGAAUUCAAGGGGAGGGGCACAAGACCCUCCUGCCCAGACAGAAACAGGAAAGAGGAUUCAGUAUUUCUCUUUCUCUUCACUUUUUCUGUCUCUUCAUCUUUUCCAUCAGCAGUUGGCAUUAAAUGCCAUCUGGAAGUGUGGUGGUGUUGUUUUCAUGGCAAACCUUUGCGUCCAUCUUCCUACAGUCUUCAGGCUCUGAAAAACCAGGUCACCAGAGCAAGAGCACCAAUCUGAGGUAGUUUAUGAGUGGGUAGCUAAAUGUCUGUGAAAAAAAAAAAAAGAAAGAAAAAAGCAGGCCGUGCAGUGUUUAGAGUCUCAUCUGGCUGGCUGGCUGUCUCGGUCGUGGGAAAGACUGAAAUUACAUCGCUCUCAGGGUGGGUUAUUUUAAGCCACAGCAAAAGAGGCAGAGGGCUGACUGCAGGUUUGCUAGUCCCGUCAGAGGAUUACUCCCCCCUAGGCCAGCCAGUGCCACCGGACAAAUCACCGCACCUUUGAGCCCCGCACCGCCUCACGCUGUGUGUGCCCAACAGCAGAGAAGUGUUCAAAUGCUGUGCGCUACGUCCCCAGAUCUAGAAACAGAUGAAAACACAUCAUUUUACAUCCUCAAUGUGGGGCAACCUCCUUCAGUGGUGAACCAAUCACAUGGUCUCCAGCGGCAUGGAGGCCCUCCCCCAGCCCAACUCAUUUCCACAUCCCCAUCUCUGCAAGCCCACCACAAGGCCUAUGAGCCCAGCUACGGGCACCAGGACCCUAAAUACAUGCCCACAGGGGUUGGCGGAGGAGGCAAUGGCCCACCGAAGGCCUUUGAAUGUCCCAGCAUCCAGAUCACCUCCAUCUCCCCGAGCUGUCAGCAGGAGUUGGAGGCCAGCGAGGAUGAGAUGAGAGCGAAGGGUCCGGAUGGAGACUACCACGAUAGACCUCUGUCUCGAGACCACCUGUACCUGCCCCUGGAUCACUCGUAUCGAGAUUCAUCCCUGAGCCAGAGUCCAUGUAGCAGCCUUUCCUCUCGUAGCUGGUUCUCCGAUGCAUCGUCCUGCGAAUCCAUCUCACACGUGUACGAUGACGUGGAGUCAGAGCUAAAUGAAGCAGCAGCACGUUUCACUCUGGGCUCGCCGCUCACCUCACCCGGCUGCUCUCCGCAGGCUGGACCGCAGGAGGAAAUGUGGCAACCGCAGCAUCACCAUCAUCACCCGGCCUUCACUCACUCCCUUUCUCAUUCGUAUGGCCAUUCUCUCUCGCCCCGCCAGUCACCUUGCCACUCGCCCCGUACCAGCGUCACGGAUGAGAACUGGCUGAGCCCUCGCUCACCCUCACGGCCCUCUUCACGUCCGACAUCGCCCUGCGGGAAGAGACGCCACUCCAGCGCUGAUAUAUGCUACAUGGGUUCUGUAUCGCCCCAUCACUCCCCGACUGCCACACCAGGCCCCUCGCCCAGGGGGAGUGUGACCGAAGACACCUGGAUAGGAAGCCCGUCUAUGGGUGUAUCUCCUUUCCAGUGUUGCCCCUCUGAGGCUGACAUCCCCUCCAAGACAAGGAAGACCUCCCAGGACUGUACAGCAGCAAUCCAGUCAGGAAAGGGUGACCUGGGCAUGGAUGACUCCGGGAGUAUGUCUCCUUUGCUUGACUCACCUGCUGAAGACGGCAUGCACGGAUUAAAGAAGGAUGGAUCUGGAGAGCAGUUUCUUUCUGUCCCAUCUCACUUCACAUGGAACAAACCCAAACCAGGACACACACCUAUUUUCAGGGCGUCAUCCCUGCCUCCCCUGGACUGGCCGUUGCCGAAUCAAUACGGGCAGUACGAGCUAAAGAUCGAGGUUCACCCCAAAGCUCAUCACAGAGCUCAUUACGAGACCGAAGGCAGCCGAGGGGCCAUCAAAGCCACAUCCGGGGGACACCCUAUUGUCAAGCUUGUUGGCUACAAUGAGAAGCCAGUGAACCUGCAGAUGUUCAUCGGGACAGCCGAUGACCGUUAUUUGAGGCCGCAUGCAUUCUACCAGGUUCACCGCAUAACAGGAAAAACUGUGGCUACGGCAAGCCAGGAAAUUAUCAUCACCAGCACAAAGGUUCUCGAGAUUCCUCUCCUUCCUGAAAACAAUAUGUCUGCCAGUAUCGAUUGUGCUGGAAUCCUGAAGUUGAGGAACUCUGACAUUGAGCUGAGGAAAGGAGAGACUGAUAUUGGACGGAAAAACACUCGGGUCCGUGUGGUGUUCCGCGUUCACAUCCCACAACCCAAUGGAAAAGUGGUCUCACUGCAGGCUGCUUCAAUUCCAGUGGAGUGCUCCCAGCGCUCAGCACAGGAGUUACCUCAGGUCGAGAAGGCCAGUAUUAGCAGCUGCCCAGUGAGUGGAGGAGAGGAAAUGCUCAUCACUGGCUCCAACUUCUUCCCUGAGUCAAAGGUCAUUUUUCUGGAGAAAGGUCCUGAUGGACGACCGCAGUGGGAGGUGGAGGCGAAGAUCAUCAGAGAGAAGAGUCAAGGAUCUAGCAUCGUGGUGGAGGUGCCUCCUUAUCACAGUAAGACGGUCACUUCAGCGGUGCAGGUGCAGUUCUACGUGUGCAAUGGCAAAAGGAAAAGGAGUCAGUCACAGCGCUUUACCUAUCUUCCUGUACGAGUGAAGCAGGAACAUAGGGAUGAUUUGGACUCCCCUGCCGUGCCGCCCAUGUCCAUGCCUCUGGUCCAUGCUGCCAGUUUGGUCUGUGCUCAGCCGCUGUCCUCCCCAGAGCACUCCCACCCACCAGACGGCCUUCUGUCCAGCUCCCCACGUGGCCUGGCUGCAGGCCUGCACCCUCUCCAGGCUCCCUGCGCCCCAAUGGGCUCCCCAACUCUUCCCCACCUGCCCCACCUUCAGGCUCAAGGGCUGAAUGCACCUCCCGAAUGCCAGAUGCCCUUCCACCCAGGCCCUGCUGCCACUGCCUGCUACCCACUCUUACAGCACAACAUGCCCUUCAACGGCCAGCACAGUCUUCCUAUGACUGCGAGCUCCCCACAGGCAUAUGAGCGAAUGCCCUUCCAGGCCGACCCGACUGGGUGUCACUCCCUGGGUUUGGGGAUGGUGUAUGGACUGGCUUCUUCGACACCCACCUCUGGAGUGCCUCUGGGGCCUGGCUCCAGCCCUAGCCACGCAUCCUGUACGGGUAGCAAUCAUGUCAUGGCCCACUCUGCCCCCCACCUUCACUCUCUAGGCUACCACUGCCCCACUCCAGGGCAGGUCCCGUCACCCACCCACACACUGGGACAGCCGCCCCCACAGCUCCAGCGUCCCCUGGUUUACCAUCCGGCUGGGCAGCGGUCUGCCUCCUGCCCCACUCCCUCUAGUGCUCCUGUUCAUAUGGUGCCAUCUCCCCACUCUGGGCCCUCAUCCCCCCAACUCCACUCCCUCCCUUACCACUCACCCACUUCCCCGUCUCCUACAUCCAACAGCCCCUUGGGGCCCAUGGGACUCUCUGGACAGCCUUCUCCCCAGGCUAGCAGCCCUGUCCUGGCUGGGUUGUCCCCUUCAGGUCCCUUGGUGCACCCGUUGACCCAACAGGGAGAGAGGCCGAACAUCAAACAGGAGCCAGAGGAUAGAGAGCCCACCUUCCGUACCAUUGGUCUGCAAGAUAUUACACUUGAUGAUGUGAAUGAGAUCAUAGGCAGAGACAUGUCUCAGGCCCCAGAGGCUCAUGGGGGCUCGCCAGCUGCACACAGUCAGUCCUAGCCCACACCAAGCCACGUCAGACUCUCAGACGAUCUCCACAGGACUCCAGAGCCGAGCGACCAGAUUCCACCCAAAGCCAGCGUCUGCCCCGAUAGUCCAAAAUCAACCCUUCCUCGUGUGGAGCCAGAAGAAGAAGGAGCCUUCUUCUAGAUUCACAAACAGUGCUGUGGCUGUAAACCGUAACAGCUGGGAGGUGGUUUUAUGGUAUAUACUGUACGCAUGCACACAAAAUCAGGUGCACUGUACAUACACAUGAACACAGAUGUGGUUUAGUGGGUGUAAACUGGGAUUUGUGUUGUUCUCCUGGAAAUAAAACCAAUAAGUCAGGGCUCUCUAACAGCAUGAUGUAUUAUUAUUUGUAGCUCACAGAUUCACCCCUUGGAUUGGCUAGCUAUGCAGUCGAGCUCCCUCAUCCCUGACAGGAAUAUGCAGUACACAGCAGCGAUUCUGCAGUCACUUUAGUGGGAUAGCCGAGGGGUGCUCCAAGCGUGAUACAUGCCCAUGUCACGUCUUCUUACCAGCGAAAACGCCGCCUUUUUCAAUACACAUUCUCCCAGUGCUGCCCCCUAGUGGACGGGCCCUCGGGCGCUGCACUGAGUCUGUAUUAACAAUAUGCAACAUUCCACACGUCUAGUGACCUUUCUGAGCUGUAGAUAAUCUGUUUAAUGAUUGGCCCAUUUCCUCUUCAGGGUGAACAAAUGCCUUAUGUAGUAGCUGUGAUUGUGAACAGGCUUUCUGCUCAGAAUUUAUAUUAGUUUUUUUUUUUUUUUUUUUUUUUUUUUUUUUGAUGAGGAGGACACGUUGAAUCCAGUGUGUGUAUUUUAUACUUACAAAGUAGCUGAGCUUCAUCUUUUGUUCUGGAGUGCUGUGAACUGUGUUGGUUCAAUCUUACUUUGACAGUCCUGUGCUUUUAAAAGUCAAGUGAAUUGUUAGCAGACUCUAAAGAUUGCAUACGUGUUUUGUAUUAUUGAAUGAGAAGAUUAACUCAUGACCGUAGACCAAAAGGUCUGGAGAUAAUAAAGCUCAUAAAUAAAUAUAUAUAUAUAUAUAAAUUAGUGCUGGGCAACGCUAAAAAAAUGAAUCCCGAUUAAUUGCAUUUUUAUGCACAAAAUUCAAUAAUGCAUUCAGAAGUAGUGUAUUAUGUACUUUUUUUAAUUUAAAAGUACUUUUUUUGUGUGUGUGUUUUUUUUUUUUUUUUUACAGCAGUAUUCCUUUUACAUAGUAGCAGUUAAAAUAUUUGUUGUGUCAGCACCGAUGGCCUCAUGGGCAGCGCACUGACAUGUAGCACCGCUGCGCUUUGGGCAUCCAGAGUUCGAGUCCUGGCUCACAGACUUUUCCUGAUCCCAACCCCUUUCUUUCUCACCUACUUCACUUCCUGUCCACCUACUGUCCUAUUUACAUAAAAUGCCAAAAAUAUUUCUUUUGGAUCUCAAAUUAAUGUAAUCAAAUAUUUAAAGCUAUUUGCCACUUCUAGGGCAUGAACAUUUUUCUAGAAACUAUUUUAUAGUUUGUUAUAGAAAAACAAGUUAUGCUCAGAAUCCAGAACCUCAGUCAUAACAUUAUAACAUGUUCCUUCCGUGUAGAGACCUGCACCAAUGCAGCGGGGUGUGGGCGGGUAGAGACUUGUGUGUGCGGGAUGCGGGAGAAUAAGGGUGUAAAGCAAUAUAUUGUGAAGAGGGCCAUGUGUUACUGUGUCCCAACAACUCAAAAUAAUAAACCACAAAGUUAACAAAACAGCACCCUGCUGUACUAAGUGAGAGCACUUCUCUGCUGUCAGAAACUUCCUUUUUCACACUAAUGAAGUCGUGAUUAUGAUUAUUAAAAAUAACAGUGAACAGUGGUUUGUGAAUGUGUAAUUUCAUGGGGCGCGUAGGCCCACCCCAAGUAUUCUCAUGGGUUAAAGGGGGUCAUAUGAUGUGAUUUCAAUUUCUCCUUCCUUCACUUUGGAGUGUUUCAAGAUCGUUGCAUAAAGAAGAUCUAUGAAGUUGCAAAGACUAAAAUCGACGCGUUUCAAAAGGCGGGUCAAAGAGGAGAAACAAUAAUGUACAGUAUGUGGAAAAUCUUUUCUUUUUUUUUUUUUUAAACCUUAAACCGCAUAAACACAUUUCAUUACACCAAAUACACAAAAUAAUUUUAUUUUUAGCAACGUCAUAUGAGCCCUUUAAGACGUGUCAUGACACCCAUCCCUAGCCAGUAGUGAUCAACACAUCACAUCUCCCGUGAUCCAUGGUUUGUCAAUAUGUGUAUUCAGGGCCAGUGAGCAACGGACUUUCAUAAUAAUAAAAAACUGCUGUAAUGCGCGGUAAAAUAAUUGUCGGCAUUAAUGCGAUAAUAAUGCGUUAACUUGCCCAGCCCUAAUAAUAAUUAUAUAUGUUUAUAUGGACUUAAUGUGCAUUGAACUCAAACAUAAUAUGUUGACUAUGCUGAAACUCGCUUUGUGCCUUUGAUUAGAGACAAUUAUGCAUAAACAAUUGCAUUAGACAAAAAAAAAAAAAAAAAAAAAACUUGCAGGAUUGAUGUCAGGGAAACCAUAUUGAAUUGGUUUUUUGUUUUUUUGCCCUAAAAAAGGUUGCAACCUGACAAUCAACAUGUAAACCGUUACUAUAGAGUGACUUGAAAGCCACUUCUCGGUUUGUAUCCCCACUGCAUUCUGGGGCAAAAAGGUUCAAAUCUGAACCAGCUUCCAAACCCCUCAGCCCAUCUUAGACAACUAUACUGCUCAUUUUUGAUCACAAUUUGCUCUCUGUUGACAAAAACAGCGAGCAGAUGUCUUAAGAUGCAAACAAAUCUUUGAGUUUUUUUUAUUGGCUCCUUGCCUUAAAUUUUAAUCUGGAAAAUAGAUUUUCUUUUCCUCCAUGAAAACUGGCACAAUUCAAUUGAGACUUAGUUUUUUCUAUAGUUUUUUCAGUCUUUGAGACAUACAGCUGUAACCAUGACUGUUAAUUAUGUUUGAAAAGGACAAAAAAAUAAUCUGCUAUGCACUAUAAACCUGCCUUCUGCCUUUAAAAAAAAAAAAAAAAAAAAAGAUAGAAAAAAAAAACCAAGACAAAACCUUGAUGCCUCUAGAUUAGACGCUGUAGAAAUGCUUCUUCGUAGGUUAGUAUGCCACACAAAAGUUGCGUGUGUCAAGAUGUGUCUGUUCAUGCAUAUAGCAAGCGUCUUAAUGGUUUUGUGCGUAUGUGCUUACGUCAGUUUGUAUCCAAUGAAGUGUAGAUAUUUGCUUUGUAUGUCUAAAAAUGUAAAUGGUGCAAAAGCACACUGAUACAUUAGGCUAUGCAAGAACAGACUACAAUACAAUGGUGUGACAUUUUUUCAAAUAUAUAAAUAGCAGGUUUGUUUGUUACUCUUGCAUCUAUACAGUAAGCAUAUAUAUUUUGUUGUAUCUAAACCCUUACAUAUAGUGACAGGUGUUUUCAAUGCCACUUUUGACUGUUUAAUUUAAACUAUCAAAUAUACAGUAGGAAAGCCUUAACUUGUGUUCAAAUGCAAUUUUAGAGAACGUGUGUCAUAAGGUUUGGGUUUGAUUUAGGUUUAGUGUUUUUUGAGAAUCAAGAAAGAAAAAAAACAAGCAAAAAAAAAAAAAGAUGGGGGAGUUCUGGGAUGAAUCAGGGUCCCUAGAUAAGCACCUAUUUUCAUUCUCUAGAAACCAAAGAUCGAACAAUGUGUUCCCAUUUUACAAACAGAUGACGACGCAAACACCAGAACUCUAUUUUUGAUACUUUGAAAUGGAUGUCAUUCCUAAAGUUUGGGUAGCUUGGAUGGUUUGUAAAAUAAAAGUACAGGUUCAGUUGAUGUUUACGGAGCCUUGUAUUGUCGUUUCAUGUAUAUUUUGUAUUUAACAUUUUGUAAUUUUUAAGACUGCAGUGCUUUUUGAAAUUAUUCAAAGGGAACACCAUGCGGCAUAGGCUCUUCUGAGGUAGUGUAUCAAUAAAAAGAAUAAAUGCCCAAAUGUC